AUGACAGUGAAACUGGGAGAGAGCAGUGGGGAGGAAGGGGUGAAAAAGCUGGGCAAGAGAGCAGGAGGAGAUGAGGAGUCCCUGGAAGAAGAAGGGGCAGGAGGAGGAGAGGCAGUUCCAGGCAGCAGCAGCACAAAGAAAGAGGAGAAGAUUAUUAACAACAACACUAACAGCAGCCCCCCACCAAACCCCAGCUUAUCGCAGGCUCCGGCCUCCCUGCAGCCCUCCCACAGCCAGGACCAGCAUCAUUUUCUCAGGUCCAGCGUCAGACCUCAGAGCAAGAGGCUGAAGAAGGACUCCCAGGCAUCCUCUUCAGUUGGCAGCAGCACUGCUGCGAAAGGCAAAGCAGCAGAUAAUGGAGGGACUGCAUCUGGUGGCACAUCAGGAAUUCCUCCCAGCAAUCCUUCUGGGAAUUCCAAGUCAGCUGCAAGGAACCUGGGCUCCUCAGCUGGAGAGAAGGAGGAAGGAAAGAAGGUCAGACGGCAGUGGGAAUCGUGGAGCACAGAGGACAAAAAUACCUUCUUCGAGGGACUGUAUGAGCAUGGGAAGGACUUUGAAGCUAUCCAGAACAACAUUGCUCUUAAAUACAAGAAGAAAGGCAAACCAGCAAGCAUGGUGAAGAAUAAGGAGCAGGUCCGCCAUUUCUACUACCGCACCUGGCACAAGAUCUCAAAGUACAUUGACUUUGAUAAUGUGUUUUCUCAAGGACUGAAAAAAUCCUCCCUGGAGCUUUAUGGCUUAAUCUGCUAUGGGGAAUUAAGGAAGAAGAUUGGGGGAUGUGA